AUGCGGCGAUGGGCGCUGCUCGCUCCGCUGGCGGUCUCGGCCGCGGAGUGCGGUGCGGAUGGUCCGGAUGGUGCCGUGCUGAUGUGUCGAGACGGUCAAUGCAGGGAUGAACUUUACGUGCAGCCCCGUGAGACUUGCUCAGUGAUUGGAGGUCUCUGCAUGGACGAUUGCACAGUGCGCCGGACCUCCACAGGACCGAUGCCGUGCGACUGCGAGGUGGGCGCUUGGUUGCACGGCCACUCAGAGCUACAGAGGACGGCCAUACAGAACAGCGGCUCGCCCACGGCUCUGCUGCGCCAGACGCCCUUCCUCAUGACGCACGACUCAGCGACAGGCCUGAUCGGAAUGCUGGACGGCCGGAACCUCUUUGCCCAAGCGCAGACCAUCGGCUUGUCGGAGCAGCUGACCUGCGGUGCUCGAGCGCUAGAUUUGAGGCUGGUGAGGUCCGAGGAUUCCUCAGAGAUCUACUUCCAUCAUAGCUCAGAGUCCCUUCAUUGGGUCUCGGAUCAGUCCCUACAAGGGGAGUGGCCGAAGAUGAUGGCGUGGGCGAAAGAACGUCCUGAAGAGCUCGUGGUUCUAGUGAUGAGCCACUGUCAGAUGGCGCCGGGCACCUGGGGCUGGAGGAGCUACUUCCAGCGAUGGACAGGCUUGGAGUGUUCGAAUCCUUUCUACACGGCAGAAUUUCAGAAGCUGGGUAUUCCAUGGCAGGCCGAUUGUGAGAGGGUCUCUGCCAUGACCCAUGCAGAGGCCAAACAGAUGAGCCGUUUAAAGUCGGGUGGACACAUCCUAGCCGUGGACGGCGCUUGUAUCGCCUCCAACUGGGAUUCAUCUGUGAAUGAAGGAGCAAGAGUGAGACCCUAUGUGGAAAGGACGAUGUCGAAGAUGCGAAAUUCAGCCAAGAUGCCCUUCAUGGUCCAAUCCUUCAUUCAGCAAAGAUUGACAGUUCCAAUGAGCACUCCGCUGAACCAGCAGGUCCUGUCAGAGAUCACCACUUCUGAUCUCUAUGCUGGGGUCAACUUUCUGGAGAUCAACUUGAUUUGUGCAUAUGGGACCUCAAUGGCGAUUGCCCUGGGUUACACCACGAUUUCUUCACAAGACUUCCAGUCAUGUCGGAGCUCCUGCCGUUUGGCGUGCAAAAGGCAUGGAGCUUGCGAACAGUUGUGA